CCGCAUUCCAACCUCAGCCGCUAUCUUUCUUGCAACCAAAACACCGACAUUGUAUCUUCAUCCCCCACUUCUCGCACUACAGCAAGGAACACAAUCAGGACAAUGCCGUUCUUAUCCUCAAGGUUGCCGACAAACCAUUACCGACAGACGCGUCGCGACACCUGAAGAGGAAGGUAGAGGUUAAGACUCCUCACUUGGCACUUGGCACGCCAUUCAACGGUCGUGGAUCGGUCUUGGAGUGACGUACCGAGAUCGGAAGCUGAUCGACGACAGUAUCGCGGAAAAGAAUGGCAACAGUCGAUAAAGGGGCGUGGAUGCGCCAGAUGAAGAGAGUACGUGCCAAGCUCGUGUCCCCAAGAUGGCAACCUUCUCAGCACUGCUUUUCGCCGCCACUGCAUUGGCGCAGGGCACGAAAUAUGGCGAGAACCAUGUCGUGACUCAGUUCGACUCGCAGAUCGUGGAACAGAGGGCUUUUCCGGCGCCCAAUGUCACGUUAUACAGCCCUGGGUUUGCGCCAAACGCUUCCUUCGCUCCUGGGUGGACCGAGGGUACGGAGGGUGCAACUAGUCCAGCAGAUUUGGACGCUUUCCUCCUGAGUUUUACACAGAAGAACGCAGCAUGGGCGACAUACGGCAAUGCCGACUUCUUGAGUGAGGAGGGCGAGUUUUUCCCAUAUGUGCGCCUCGCGAGGGCUUCGAAUUCAUCGAGCAAAGUACGAGUCUGGAUCCAGGGUUCCGUACACGGCAACGAGCCAGCUGGCGAUGAAGCUACUCUUGCGCUGCUUGGUGCGAUGGACGCAGACCCGGCGUGGGCUGCCGGGUUCCUCGACAAGCUUGAGAUCAUUGUACUGCCGCGCUACAAUCCGGAUGGAAACGCCUACUUCCAGCGCACACUCGCGACAAACUUCGAUCCCAACCGCGAUCACACCAAGCUUGCUCGUCAACAAACUCGAGACAUCAAGCAGUGGUUUAGUACCUUCGCCCCGCACAUUGCUAUCGAUAUGCACGAGUAUGGUGCACGCACCAGGUAUGCUGGUAACUACAGCAACGCUGCAGACGGCAUGUACAGUGCCGCGAAGAAUUUGAACAUUCAUCCAUCAAUUCGUGAACUCGCUGAGAGCGUAUUUGCGCCUGCUAUUGGUGCAUCGUUGGAGUCGAAAGGCUUGCGCGGCGAACCCUACGUGACUGCAUCUCGGUCAGCCAACCCAGUCCGCUUUCAAGAGGCUGGCACUGAUGCGAAGAUCGGUCGUAAUGCCAUGGGUCUGACACAGUCGAUUACUUUCCUAUUCGAGACACGGGGUAUCGGUAUUGCGAACCAGUCUUUCAAACGCCGAACUCUUGGUGGGCUGCAGAUGAUCCUUGGUGUGCUCGAGACGGCCCGUGAUCAGGCCGAGGAGGUAUACAACACAAUCGAGGGAGCUAUCAGCGAGGUGAUCGCGAGCCAGGAGCCCGUCGUGGUCACAGAUUAUACCUCCUACUCGAACCGCACAUGGACUAUGGUGGACGUCCGAAACGGCGAUGUUGUGCAGAUCCCCGUCGAGUUUGCCUCCACCACACCCGCAUCGCCGAAUAAGACUGUUGCGAGACCUGAGGGCUAUGUUAUUCCUCGCGCGUGGUCUGACCUUGCUGAGCGCCUCCGAGUGUCUGGUCUUGAGGUUGAGACUUUGCUGGAGGGCUUCAAAGGCGAAGUUGAGGUUUACAACAUCACCUCUUCAAGCCUUGGACGUUCUUACUAUGAGGGCGCGAUCCUGAACACUGUGACAACCGACACAUUGACCCAGGAGGUGACGCUGCCGUCUGGUAGCUUCUUUGUCAAGAGCGCACAGAAGAACGCCGGCCUGGCGUUCGUUGCGCUCGAACCAGAGAACAUCGAUUCGUAUGUGAGCUUUGGCAUUGUCCCUAUGGAGGUCGGAGAUUUGUACCCAGUGUUCAGGAAGCUUUGACUUAGAUAGGCAGACAACAUGUCGUUGGGCUGUGCACAUUGCAAAAUAUCAGCAACAAUCGAUUCGAUGAGAAACAUCGUUCAGUAAUCGUGUGAGGCUGUGAAUCUGCAGAACUUCG